UAUAGUAAAAAAAUCAAAGGAUAACUAACGUUUUGUUUAUUUCACUAAAAUCACAUUAAAAUUUAAACAAAUGUUUGCUUUAGCUGAACUUAAAGAUACUAUACGUAUAGCACCGGAACAGUUUAAUUUAAAACUAAUCGAAGCUAUAAGAGAUGAAAUCAAUCGCAAAUUGGCCAACAAGGUGCUAUUAAAUGUCGGCCUUUGUAUAGCUUUAAAGGAUAUAGUGUCUUUAAAAGAUUCCAUUAUUUUACCCGGUGAUGGUGCCUCACAUACAGAAGUGAUUUUUCGUUAUAUAGUUUUUAGACCUUCUAUUGGCAACGUUAUAAUGGGCAAAAUACGCAGUUGCAGUCAUGAAGGUGUACAUGUGACCCUGGGCUUUUUCGAUGAUAUCCUAAUACCGCCCACAGCAUUACAACAUCCCUCACGUUUUGAUGAAACCGAACAGGCCUGGGUGUGGGAAUAUCCUUUAGAAGAUGGCGGCAAACAUGAUUUGUUUAUGGAUAUAGGAGAACCUAUAAAAUUCCGCGUUUCCAGAGAAAUUUUCGAAGAAAGCUCACCCAUAGGACCACCAAAAAAUGAAAAUUUAAAACCGGGUACAUCAGCAGCCACAACAUCGGCAGCAGCAACGGCUCAAAAUAACGAAUCUAAGACGCCGUAUCGUAUAAUUGCUGCUAUUAAUGAAUCUGGUUUGGGCGUUUUAUCCUGGUGGGAUCAACAGCAGCAGGAGGACGAUGAAGCAGGCGGUGACGAGGAAGAAGAAGACAAUAAUGACUAUGAAAAUGACGAAAAUGGUGAGGGCGCGUAUGAAGAGUGAUGGACAAUGUUUGUAAAUAAAAUUAAAAAAAAAAACAAA